GGGAGAAAGAAAGGUGUCCUAGCGGCGAUCGCAACAAGUUUCCGGGUUCCUUCACAAGAUCACAACCUCUUACCUAGCCGCUGCUUUGCCUGAUGGAGGCCGCUUACGGCGAAAGCCAAGCUUCUAGCAGCUCGGCUACCGCAAAUGAAGGAGUAAGCCGGGACCAUUGCGGUGGACUGGAACCUACUGAAAAGCAAACUUUAACAUCACUAGAACCCACCGAAGUUGCUGAUACGGCAGUUCCGGACGAUAAUGUUACGACUAUGUCGCAAGUUGAUAGCAUCCAACAGACAGCGUCCACAGACGCUGAUCCUGCUUACGACCUGGCGCUCAUCAUGGGCGAGGGUGCGCUGGCUCGCGCGCUUGACGGGAACUCCGAGCCUUACCCCAGCAUCCCUGAGAGCGAGGAGGAGCGGGACGUCUUUGAAGCGGAGUUCCAGCAAGCCCUGCUGGAGAUGGGGUCCCAAGGGGGAACAGCGCAGCAGUCCGCGCCCUUGCAGGACAGCUAGGUGGUGUUGGCCAGCCAAGGCGCGGGAAUGUGUGGGGAAGGGUGUGGGGCUGCUAGGGUGAGUGGGUGACCCAUCACGGGUGAAGAAGUCAAAUCCUUUUGGCUUGCUGUCUUCCAUUUGCCCGCCAGAGGGCGUGCCUGUGCAAUGAAGGGAAGGUGACAGUUAGUAUCAGCGCGGUUUGCACUGAGCGUCGAUCGGCUUGCCAAGUCUCUGACGCUGGUUUGAGCUAAUUGGGCAGUCGGCGGUAUCGAACAGGGGCAUCAAGGGUAACGACACACCCUUUCCCGGUACUCGCAUCCACCGUGUUGCACUGCCAGUUUCUCAGUGUGGGCCUAGGGUUGGUCCAGAAUUUUCCUCCACGUUAGUGCAGGACAACACAUGAUAGGCCAUGAGAUCGCCUUGGUUUGGUAAUGUUGUGAUAUGCCAGCCUUGUAAACGGAGGGAUCUG